UCCACGUGUGCCCAUACCUGCCCAAUUUCUGCCCAAUCCUUAUACGUGGAGCGGAGCUUCCAGCUGUGAAAUCUCCGGUCCCCAUGGCAGCCGGCCUCUCCCUAGCCCCGGCGGCGCCCCUUCCCGCGCCGGCGUCCACCUGCCUUUCCUCUUCCUAUUUCUCUGUCGCCGUGGUCUCCCUUUCUGAUGACGCGGGCUCCUCUUCCUGGCCGAUGCGGUUGCCAGUCUGCGAGGUCGUGAGCAGGCCCUGGUCGCGAGGAACGUCUCCCCCUGGAGAUGCCAGUGGUGGGGCCUUCCCCGUCGUCCCGGCAGGCGUCUGUGCCGGUGGAGGCACUUACGUCGUCUCACCUUCAUCGUGGUGGCCCAGCCCCAGCAGCGGCGGCUUACUUCGCGGGAGGUUGUCGGCGGAUCUUCUCUUGCAGCCUCAUGCCGACGGCGAUGAUCAUGGUAUGCUCGCACUCAAGGGCGACGCGGACAAGGCCCGACGGCCUGAGGCCAUUUCGCACACCAGCGUGCUGGUGGCCGUCGUGCGUUCGACGAGAAACAACGGGCACACGCGCUGGUGUCGAACUUCCUCCCCUGCUGCGGCACUUGGGGAGACGAAGUCCUCUGUCCACCGCGACCAAAUCAGCGAGCAGAUGAGUUUUCUUUGGCCGUCACAUGGCCGGUUAUGAACACCCCACCAUCCAUAGUUCGAAGAAAGUUGAAUUUAGUGAAAUUGAUCAGGAAUGGCCGUAUCAUUUACUUUGUUUUCCUUAUCAGUUAUCAGAUCUUGAACUUAGUUGCAUGGAUAAGCAGGAGAUAUGCCAUGCAGUUGAAAGUCUCAGGUCAGAGUCGAUUUCUUUUCUUUUGUGGUUCGUGGUGCUGAUUUCUGUUUUUUAAAUCUAAUUAUGACCUUUUGUGUAUUAUUGACAUAGUAGGCUUAAUCACCUUUGCAAUUUCAAUAUUUUUAUCAUUGUUUAUGUAGUAUCAAUUUAAAAAAACUGACUCUAUUAAGAUUGGUACCGCAGGCUGCAGCUAUAUCAUGCAUGGUUGGUGAAUUUUUAGCUCCAUAUAUGAACUAAAAUUAUGCCUAGAGUAGGGGUUAUUACUUACCUAAACAUUUUCAUAGUGAUAACUAUCUUUCAGCUUAAAGCAAAAAAAGCAGUUUGUUAUAUCAAAUAGAUUAACUAUAGAGAUGUCAACAUUCGUUGUUAUUUGCAUAAUCUGUGGAUACAAAGUUACUCUGAUAUCUCAGUUCUUUUAUGAUUGUGUUUGAAUAUUUAAUAGUGUUGGCUCAUUAUUAUCAGUACUGAAAUUUGACAGUGUAGAAUUAAGGAUUACACGAUGGUGCAUAACAAUUUUCUUGGAUCAAUGUGUUAGACUACCAGUCAUGUAUGUUUUCAAAAUAUGUUACCUGUAGAUACAUCUGUAUUUAUUCACUUCAAUUUCAGGAGUCAGUUUUUGUACGUUUACAUGAUUUGAUCAUUUGUUACUUCAAAGUUAAGCUAUAGUUUCUCUUGGCUAUUGUCUUCUCUACUGUGUAGGGUAGUUACCUUUUGCUUAACAUACACCGCACAUAUGUAGCUACUUCUACAUUUCCUCAUGUACUUUCGAUAUAAGGAUCAGAUUAUAUAUGUUUUUUGUAGUGUAAUGUUUUACUUCUCCAUUUGAAUCUCUUUUAAAGUUGUGAGGCCAUUUCACCUUCCAGGUUCGAGCUCAUAUUACCAACUGAUCUUCUCUCUGUCUCAUUUUGAAAUGAUUAUUAUCAAGGUAAGAGUAGCUUCAGUAAGUUUUAGAUAGGUAAUUAAGCAAUUCUGGUUGGUAAGUGUUCUUCAUAUUUCUAAUGAUUGGCAAACUAUAUUCCUGAAUUUUGCUAUGUGGCUGCCUUUCAGACACGGUUUUCCUUUCUAUUUUGCGAAUCAUAUUACUGUAUCUAGAUGGAGAACUUGAGUAAUCUUACUGUUCAAUGUAUUUUUUUUCCUUUCUGGGGAGAUGGCUACCUUUUUUAUGCCUAACUCCUGAUUGAAUUGUGUUUGACGAUGCAAGCCUCUCACCACGUGUGUCCGGCGGCAGCAGCCAGUAUUUGUUCAAGCCUGACACCCGUUGGAGCCCUGGACUCAACAUGGAUCGAUCUGGGCAGUACUAUUUUUUAGAUCAGGUUCCUGAGCUUCUCCAAGAUCCGAUUCCUACAUGCUAGAGUAGGAAAUAUGGUUUCUUUAUUUUGGACUUCUGCGGUGUAUAAUAAUGUUUUGUGGAGACUGUUGUUGUUACCUGUUGUACAAAAUUUGUUCAGCCGCAACAUACUUCUCUCUGAGGUGAUACUCUAAGGCCAGGGCGGAAUUCUCAGAGAAACAAUCAAUGCUGGCUUUAAGAAAACAAAAGAGAUGUUCUUCCGAAUUAAUUGCCCUCCAUGUAUGUUAUGAACCCCUUAGUAUUCUAUCUGUUAUUCUAUCACUUCCUUCA